CUCGGCUGCGAACCGAUCCAGUUAGAGCUGAAGAUCCUGGCCAGAUGAAGCCAUCAGGACCACAUCAUCUGCAAAAAGCAGAGACCUAAUCCUGCGGCCACCAAACCGGAUCCCCUCAACGCCUUGACUGCGCCUAGAAAUUCUGUCCAUAAAAAGUUAUAAACAGAAUCGGUUCACAAAGGACAGCCUUGGAAGAGUCCAACCCUCACCGAAACGGGUCCCAACUUACCCGUUAAGACCGCAGUCUUAAAAACCUGGAUAAGCCGCUUAAUGGCUUGUUGAAAAUUCUGGACUAUCAUCAGAUGACCUUUUUUCCUGGUCAAAAUGCUACCGGAUCCCCUCAACGCCUUGACUGCGCCUAGAAAUUCUGUCCAAUAAAGUACUGAACAGAAUGGGUGACAAAGGACAGCCUUGGCGGAGUCCGACCCUCACUGGAAACGGGUCCAACUUACCCGUUAAGACCGCAGUCUUAAAAACCUGGAUAAGCCGCUAAUUGGCUUGUUGAAAAUUCUGGACUAUCAUCAGGUGACCUUUUUCCUGGUCAAAAUGCUACCGGAUCCCCUCAACGCCUUGACUGCGCCUAGAAAUUCUGUCCAUAAAAGUACUGAACAGAAUGGGUGACAAAGGGCAGUCUUGGCGGAGGUCCCGACCCUCACUGGAAACGGGUCCAACUUACCCGUUAAGACCGCAGUCUUAAAAACCUGGAUAAGCCGCUAAAUGGCUUGUUGAAAAUUCUGGACUAUCAUCAGAUUACCUUUUUCCUGGUCAAAAUGGUACCGGAUCCCCUCAACGCCCCUGACUACGCCUAGAAAUUCUGUCCAUAAAAGUUAUUAACAGUCUCGGUGACAAAGGGCAGACUUGGCGGAGUCCGACCCUCACUGGAAACGGGUCCAACUUACCCGUUAAGACCGCAGUCUUAAAAACCUGGAUAAGCCGCUAAAUUGGCUUGUUGAAAAUUCUGGACUAUCAUCAGAUGACCUUUUUCCUGGUCGAAAUGGUACCGGAAUCCCCUCAACGCCCUGACUGCGCCUAGAAAUUCUGUCCAUAAAAGUUAUGAACAGAAUCGGUUCACAAAGGGCAGCCUUGGCGGAGUCCGACCCUCACUGGAAACAGGUCCAUCUUACCCGUUAAGACCGCGGUCUUAAAAACCUGGAUAAGCCGCUAAAUGGCUUGUUGAAAAUUCUGGACUAUCAUCAGAUGACCUUUUUUCCUGGUCAAAAUGCUACCGGAUCCCCUCAACGCCCUGACUACGCCUAAAAAGACCCUCACUGGAAACGGGUCCAACUUACCCGGUAAGACCGCGGUCUUAAAAACCUGGAUAAGCCGCUAAAUGGCUUGUUGAAAAUUCUGGACUAUCAUCAGAUGAUCUUUUUCCUGGUCAAAAUGCUACCGGAUCCCCUCAACGCCCUGACUACGCCUAGAAAUUCUGUCCAUAAAAGUUAUAAACAGAAUCGGUGACAAAGGGCAGCCUUGGCGGAGUCCGACCCUUACCGGAAACGGGUCCAACUUACCCGUUAAGACCGCAGUCUUAAAAACCUGGAUAAGCUGCUAAAUGGCUUGUUCAAAAUUCUGGACUAUCAUCAGAUGACCUUUUUCCUGGUCAAAAUGGUACCGGAUCCCCUCAACGCCUUGACUACGCCUAGAAAUUCUGUCCAUAAAAGUACUGAACAGAAUGGGUGACAAAGGGCAGCCUUGGCGGAGUCCAACCCUCACUGGAAACGGGUCCAACUUACCCGUUAAGAACGCAGUCUUAAAAACCUGGAUAAGCCGCUAAAUAGCUUGUUGAAAAUUCUGGACUAUCAUCAGAUGACCUUUUUCCUGGUCAAAAUGCUACCGGAUCCCCUCAACGCCCUGAGUACGGGUCCGACUUACUGCCGGCAAUGCGGACCAAGCUCUGGCACUGAUCAUACAGGGAGCGGACCGCCACAAUAAGACAGUACGUUUAAAUAAUACUAAAAAUACAAAAUAAAGGAGGAAGACAAACAAAGCCAAUGCUACACAGAAAUGGGUACAAUUGGCAACAUUUUGGCUACCUUGACUUGUAUUAGUCUAAACAUGUGAUGUACUUCCAUGUACUGUAACUUUGUCAAAGCUUGUUGAAACUAGCCCAGCUAUGAGGUGGCGACUUGUCCAGGGUGUACCCUGGCAUAGGCUCCGGCACACCAGUGACCCGAUAGGGACAAGCGUUAAAAAAAUGGAUGGGCAGAUGCUCAAACCAAACCAUUGUUAAUGUCGAGGUCAAUAAACUUCCAUUUCUAUUUCCCUGAAGAUCCUUGCUGGGCAAUUAUGUGCUGAAGGACUUGGAUGUGAACGGCAGAUCCAAUUAUCUAACGUAAUGAGGCUGCUUGGAAUCACCUUUUCUCUGGUUUGACUGGUUUGCACGAUUCACUUUCACCUUACCUGAAUUCCACUCUUGCACUGUCAACACACACACACACACACACACACACACACACAUAUGAAAACACACACAAACAUCCUUCUUCAACAGUCAUUUUUCUCAAGCCUUCCUUUUGCUUUUCAGGACCAUCAUUUCAUUUGUGUUGGUAGAAUACUUUCCGUAUUUCCUUGAAUUGCUGCAGGGGCGCUAAUUAAUUUAAAACCUCUUCUCACUCCGGAAUUCACCAAAGGCAUGUGGUAAAGCCCGCUAACAGCCAAGGACUUCAAGGAACUCAACGAAGAUAAGAUGACAACACGCAGACGAGACAGACACUUCAAGGACCUCAACGAAGAUAAGAAGAUAACACGCAGACGAGACAGACACUUCAAGGACCUCAACGAAGAUGAGAUGACAACACGCAGACGAGACAGAGACUUCAAGGACCUCAACGAAGAUAAGAUGACAACACGCAGACGAGACAGACACUUCACGGACCUCAACGAAGAUAAGAUGACAACACGCAGACGAGACAGACACUUCAAGGACCUCAAUGAAGAUAAGAUGACAACACGCACACGAGACAGACACUUCAAGGACCUCAACGAAGAUAAGAUGACAACACGCAGACGAGACAGAGACUUCAAGGACCUCAACGAAGAUAAGAUGACAACACGCAGGCGAGACAGAGACUUCAAGGACCUCAACGAAGAUAAGAUGACAACACGCAGACGAGACAGAGACUUCAAGGACCUCAACGAAGAUAAGAUGACAACACGCAGGCGAGACAGAGACUUCAAGGACCUCAACGAAGAUAAGAUGACAACACGCAGACGAGACAGAGACUUCAAGGACCUCAACGAAGAUAAGAUGACAACACGCAGGCGAGACAGAGACUUCAAGGACCUCAACGAAGAUAAGACGACAACACGCAGACGAAGCGGGCACAAGGUGAAAUCACAAGGCCCCCGGCCCAUUCUGUCACGUAUUGUGAGUCCUGGACCUGCUUUGCAUAUUAUAUGUGACCACUCCUUUUAGAAGCGGCCUCAAUGACGUUGACUAUGGAACUCUGAAUAAAAAGAGGAACGCGGGAACUGAAGCUUAAAGCGUAGGGCGAAACUGUGACUAAGUGUUCAGCGCUGUGCGUUCUCCUCAUGAGCUUUAUUGAACUCUGUCUCUGCUCGGUUCCUUGCUUCUUGUCUGAUUAAUAAAUAGUUUAAUAGAUGUCAUCAGUGUUUCAACCUGACAUUGUUGUUUUAAAUUAAAAGCAGUUAACAUUCAUUUACAUUUGUAUGAAAAUGUUUAUAAUGGUUACAUCAAACAAAUUGUUUUCUAUUUCCAUUACUUUUUAAAUCUGACAAAAUAGCGUGUCAGUGUGUGUUUUGGAAUUGAUUGAAACUUUAGCUGUGAACCUGAAAACUGAGACGGUGUGUGUUGAGUGCAGUUCAAGUACUGUACCUACCACCUUAGGCAUGCAAUAUGUCACAAUAAACUGUGCAGAGUGGAGUACCUUCAGCAGUCGCCGCACAGUCUUUACCACACGUC